UAAACCAGAGAGAGGGACACAUAAAGAAAGAGAGAAGAUUGAGAAAGAGAGAGGCCAACGUUUCACUUAGCCAUUUCAUUACCUUCACUCGAGUCUUGGUCGCAGAGCAAAUAGAACCAUCGUCGGUGUAACGCGUGUAUUCGAUACUUCACGUUUCUUUCAUUUAUCCACCAUUGAGGUGCGUCGUUUGCGCGCGAAUCAACGAUGGGUAGAAUCGAUCGUGGACGUGAAACGUUAAAGACCGUGUGAUCGAGUGAACUUUCAAUCGCCAUAAAUGGAUCUCGUAAACAGAUUGUCGAAGAAGCACCGUUGAUCCAUCGUCUGUUAAAAAAUCUUACGUUCAAGCGACAUGCAUCGGCUCUGAGACAAUCAGAAACAAACCGCAGCUAUACGGACGCAAGAUCGAUUGAUCCCGGAAGAAUCGUGUUCGCAGUGACCUAUUUCGACUCGUUUAUAGUUCAGAAUGUUAGCGACAGACAACUAUUACACAACAAUGGUACUUUACGUACUCAUACAUCCAUUAUUCUCUGCGAUGGUUCUUCCGAGGCCACCACCUUCGUCGAAUCACAUACGACAGGAUCAAGGACAAAGUAAUGAAAAAAUUUACGAAGAGAAGACCAUUCAAAAUUUCCUGCAAAGUUCUAACGUUGAAAGACCCAACACCAACGAUUACAGUGUUCUAGAAAUUGAAUUGCAGAGUCGGGACGAUUUUGGCACUACGAAUCUUCAAAACAUAGUGCACGCGAUGUUGAAGCAACCUGAGGAAAUCCACAACGAGAGCUACCCGAAUCCGGAAGUGGUGCCUCAUUCGAUUUUCGGAGUAAGAGACUUCGGUUUGACUCCAAAUUUUAAAUUGAAUAUGUUCGACGAGGAGAAAGACAUAUUGAUCGAUCCACCGAAGCUUCCGAACUUCGACGAGAAGCUUUAUUAUUUAAAGACCAAUAGGCCGAAGGUUUACGUAAACGUGAGGGGUCGCAGCGGCUCCUUUCAAAAGAAUUUGGCCUUCACAACGACGUCCAACAACGAAGGUUUUCUCAGAGCGAAACCGCAUCUUCAAAGACAAGCCGAUUGGAAAUCCGAGAAUGCUGAAACCAAUCGACUACGAAAAAAAUUUGAUCGUCGAAUAGAUACGAAUCGUGGAAACCGGAAACUCGUUUCGCGGAUCGAAGCUAAAAAGUUGAACAGAUUAGCGUCGAUUUACGGUUUAGACGAUCUUUCCACCACCGAACAUUCUAUGGUAACUUCCAGCGAAUUGCCGAAACAAAUACCAGCACCGCCAGCGAAAGUUCCGAACGGAAGUUUCGUGGUACAGACUACGCCUGUUCAGAAAUAUGCGUUACGAAGAACGGAUAUAUUACCAGGAUACAGCUUCUCCGAUGACUAAAACAACAUCAAGGAUUAUUCGUUCGGAAGAUCUCAGUUCUAUGAGGUCGAAAGUGUUACGCGCGAUUAAAUGUUCCCGUCAUAGCGAUGUCAGUUUAUUUAUAUUAAAUGAAAUUUGAAAUUGCUGGAUAGUUUAACGUAAUGAACGUUUCUUGUUGCGAACUACAGUGGCGAUCAUUUAUUAUAAUAUACAACAAUCGAAUAGAGUCAAGAAGUAAACUUUGCAUCUGAUGCAUAUGUUCCGUGAUGUAUUGGAACAACUAUCAAUGUUAGCAAUGAAUAGAUGUAAAAUACCAUACAAGAUGAAAUAUGUUUGAAAACGAUAACAUGAAUUUGGUUUAGGAAGUUUUGUCACACUUACUUUAUUCCCCGCAGAUUGCCUCAUUACUUUGUCGAAACGCUUUUUAGUGGGUAAACAAUUUCAAAAUCUCAAUGUAGUAAAGAACAACAUGGAACGAUAUUUUAAUGAAAAGUCAAACAAGUUUUAUAGCGAUGAUAUAGAUAUAAUGGGAAGAGAGUUGUUAAACGAGAAGAGAUUUACACACGGCAAACAUAUUUUUAACAUAAUAAAUGUACUAUAAAUAUUCGUGUGUAAUCAAUUUAUUAUGUGACUAACUAUAGAUGAUAACGUAAUUCUGUCACCAGCGCAGAC